UACCUCCUUUUAGGAUUUCGAAACUUUGUUUUCUGUUCGGUCAUGGCUGCAAGUCCAAGCAGGUCUUCUUCGAGUUUUUACAGGCAGCUUAGUCCGUAUGGCCCUCCACGAAUGACAGAUUUUGUACUGAGUGAGAAACUGGGCCAAGGUACGUAUGCAACUGUUUACAAAGGGUAUAGAAAGGGGGACACGCGCGAAGUUGUUGCAGUCAAAUGCAUAGAACGAAAGAGACUUAGCAAAUCAUCCGGUGACAAUCUUGUCCGUGAGAUCGAAAUACUGAAAGGCAUCAAUCAUGAACAUAUAGUUAAGUUAAAAGACUUCCAGUGGAAUAAUGACAAUGUUUUUCUUGUUCUCGAGUACUGCAGUGGUGGCGACCUUUCCAUGUUUUUACGGAGGUAUGUCAGGCUGCCCGAGAGAGUUGCCAGGAAAUUCUUAAGGCAACUUGCCCUUGCAUUACAGUUUAUUCAUGAACAAAAUAUUGCUCACAUGGAUUUAAAGCCACAGAACCUAUUAUUGUAUUCAAAAACAGACCCAAUACUAAAGGUUGGAGAUUUUGGUUUUGCACAACAGCUGUUAGGCAAGGAAGGAAGAGAUAAUCUAAGGGGAAGUCCUCUCUACAUGGCAGUUGAGAUGUUUUGUUCAGAUAGCUAUGAUGCAUCUGUUGACCUAUGGUCUGUUGGAGUUAUUCUUUUUGAGACACUCUUUGGUUAUGCACCAUUUGCUUCACGGACAUACGAGGAGCUUGAAAUGAAAAUAUUGUCUAAGGAUCCUAUAAGAAUUCCUUCAGAUCCACCAAUUUCUCCUCAGUGUAGAGAUCUAAUCACAGGGCUGCUGCAACGAGAUCCAAGUCACAGGUUAUCAUUCAGUAAAUUUUUUAGCCAUGAAUUUGUUGACCUUGCCCAUGCACCCACUGCAGGGUGUCUAGAAAAAGCUAUAAGCAUUGUUACAAAAGCAGUUCAGUUUGACACUCAAGGUGAUUUUGAAGAAGCUGUGAAAUACUACUGUAGUGCAUUGGAUUUUUUCUUGCCAGCUAUUGACUAUGAGAGAGACCAUUCAAAGAAGGAAGCAAUCAGACAGAAAGUGAACCAAUACAUUAAUAGAGCUGAACAAUUAAAACUUUACAAGAAACAGCAACAGAGACAGCCCUUAAGACGACAGCAUUCACUGCAAGGGAAAUUCACAGAUAUACCGGAGAUUGAAGAGGCUUUUAAAGUCAGUCAACGUGCAGAAAGUUUUGAUGAAGAAAAGAAAUUUGGAUUAGCCUUGGAAAAUUAUCAGAAAUCAGUACAACUAUAUCUCAGGAUAGUAACAUCACUUCCACCAGGCCAGAUGCAAGCUCGUAUCUACAAAGAAGUAAAUAAACUGAUGUCUAGAGCAGAAGAACUUGCCACUUAUAAAGAUUUACUUGAAAAUGAAAAUGUUGAAGAUACUUCUGAAGAAAACAAAUUGAAAUGUGUUAUACAGUAAUCAGUUUAGAAAGCCUUCAAUCUUCUAAUUGAAUUUCAAAUAUAUAACAAAGCAGAUUGUUUUGAAAUAGAAAAUGACUAUCGAUACUCUUUGAGUGAAAUUAAUUUUUCUUGUUUAAAUAUACAUUUAUACAAAAUAUACUGCCUUGCUAAAAUAUUCCAGUACUCUUCUUUAAGGUUAAUUAGGGUAUGGGUGUUUUCAUACAUGUUUGAUGCAGACAAUUUCUCAACAUCAGUACUGUGCCCUUUUUCAACACUUUUCUUUCACCUCUCCCCUUGCCACACUGCUUUUUUAACAAAAUACAUUUUUUAUAAAACUCUAUAAAGUCUCUUGCUUUCAUUAUUAAUUUUGUAAUUUGGCAAUAAUGUACCAAGGUAUGAAAUAAAAUGAAUUGAUCUGCUGAAUAUCAUAGGAGGGUUUAUUUUAGAAAAUAUAUAUCAUAGUUUUAUGAUUUAGAAUAAAAACCCAAAUUUAUCA